UUCCAAGCAGCCCACUGAAAAAACCUUGGUCUCCCAUGUACGUAUAAUAUAUAUAUACACCCAAUAAUGGUCAUAUAUCGUAUAGAGAAAGUUUAGAUUAUAAAGUCUGAUCAUCAAAAGACAAGAAAACUUUUCCAUGGGACGUUGGAUGAAGCCAGAGGUUUAUCCUCUCUUGGGCGCCAUGACAUUUGUGACAAGCAUGGUCAUCUUUCAGCUUACAAGGAACGUGUUCCUGAAUCCUGAUGUCAAAAUAAACAAGGCUCAUCGCAGUAUGGGAGUGCUUGAGAACCAUGAGGAAGGAGAAAAGUAUGCAGAGCAUGGCCUGCGAAAGUUCCUCAGAACUCGCCCUCCUGAAAUUAUGCCUUCUAUUAAUCACUUCUUCUCCGAAGAUAAAUGAAUAUGUCUUUAAAGUUGUUUUCUCUUUUCAAUUCUUGUAACUACAAAAUAAUGUCAUCUGUUUCAGAAAUCUUUGUUGUAUGGUUCCAAAGAUUAUAGUAAAGUUCCGCAAUUUUUUGCA